GCAGUGAUCGGAAGUGGCUGCCGCUUCACUGGUAAUGUCAGCUCACCGUCUAAACUGUGGGAUGUCCUAAGAGCACCCACAGACCUCCUUCAGGAAAUCCCGAACACCAGGUUCAACCCCCAUGGGUUUUAUCAUAAAAACAGCGCCCACCAUGGACACUCUAACGUGCGCCAUGCCUACGUACUGAGCGAAGACUUGGCAUGCUUUGAUGGCGACUUCUUUAGCGUGAAGCCUGUUGAAGCAAAAGCAGUGGAACCUCAGCAGCGAUUACUGCUAGAAGUCUCCUACGAGGCGCUAGAGGCCGCCGGUGUGUCGAUUUCAAGCCAAAGAGGUAGUGAUACAGGCGUUUUCGUCGGCGUCAUGUUCAACGAUUACGCUACAAUGCUUCUGCGCGAUUACGAAACGUUGCUAACGUAUUUUGCCACGGGGACUGGCCAGAGCGUCCUGUCAAAUCGCCUAUCUCAUUUCUACGAUUGGCAUGGCCCGUCGGUAACAGUUGAUACGGCAUGCAGCUCUAGCCUUGUAGCCGUUCAUCUGGCCGUCCAGGCUUUACGAUCCGGUGAUUGCCGCAUGGCUCUGGCUUGCGGGGCAAAUUUGAUUAUUGUCCCGGAAAGCUUUAUCAUUGAGAGCAAGCUUAACAUGUUGUCGCCUACUGGUCGUAGUCGUAUGUGGGAUCAGAAAGCUGACGGGUAUGCACGAGGUGAAGGUAUCGCAGCUAUAGUCCUUAAGCGACUAAGUAUUGCUUUGGAGGACGGUGAUCAUGUCGAAUGUGUGAUUCGUGAGACUGGAAUCAAUCAAGACGGAGCCACGCCAGGGAUAACUGUGCCGAGCGCAUCGGCUCAAGAGAUGCUAAUGCGCAGCACUUAUUCUAGAGCAGGACUGGACCUCAAUAAGAAAAGUGACAGGCCACUACUGUUCGAAGCUCACGGCACUGGGACACCUGUCGGCGAUCCCAAGGAAGCUGAAGCUAUCUAUAAGACAUUCAGUACAGGGGCAUUCUCUGUUCCUGACAGCUCGGAGCCGCUGGACGCUCCGAGCGUGAUCUACGCUGGUUCAAUCAAGACGGUCCUUGGACACACCGAGGGAGCAGCCGGCGUUGCGGCGCUGCUGAAGGCAUCACUAGCUAUACAGAAGCAUCAGAUUCCUCUAAACCUCCUUUUUGACGAACUCAGCGACAAUGUUGCACCGUUCUACAAGAACAUCGAGAUUCUGCAAAAACUCCUACCUUGGCCCGCCGCACACACUAGGAGAGCAAGCGUGAAUAGCUUUGGAUUUGGGGGAACCAACGCGCAUGCGAUUGUCGAAAGCUAUGAUGAAGCGAUUAGCGCGGGUACGUCAUUAGCGAGGUUUGUCAAUGGAGACGAGCCUCACUUCACUCUAUUCGUUCUCUGCCCAUUCUGGCCCUUCACUUCGAGCGAUGCUGUCCGACUACGCAGAUUAUCUCAACGAUGAGUCCCUUGGCAUACACCCGUGGGAUCGUGCUUGGACGUUGCGUCAGCGGCGAUCGGUUUUGAGCCAUCCGAUAUCCUUUGCUGCGUGUGCGUUGCCGGACCUGAAAACUAAGAUACAGACUGUUUGUGGGGAAAAUUGAACGAUCCGAAAUUGGCACUAAAGCCCUUUCCGCACAAAAGGGUUGCCAUGGCUCUGGACCGAAGGUCCUCGGUAUAUUUACUUGACAAGGAGUACAGCAUGCCCGCAUGGGCGCCUCGUUGCUUGAGAAAUCAGUUAUAGCACAAGAGAUCGUAUAGCAAUUGCAAUCCUUCGUCGACGCCAUACAAGAACAGGAGUUCCUUGGCGUUUCUUGGUCUUUGCGAGAUGAGCUACUAGCAAAGUCGUCGUCCUCUCGCGUGCACGAUGUUAAGCUUUUUAAGCUGUUAUAUAUAUAUAUAUACCAUAGCGGC